UGUAUAUAUAAUAAUGAUAUGAGCUAUCAUUAUUGAAAUAAUGUGUACACAAAGUUUAAAAACUUUGAGUUUACAUUCAUUUGUAUAAGAAACGCUAAAAAGGUUACUGUCACUUUAAGAGUUUAAUGAGCGCUUCACAGUGUUCUGGUUCAUUGAUGUGAAUCUCUCGGUUCUUAAAAUUAAAAUUAAUAUUUCUUUUUACUUUUUUUUCUGACUGUAAAGAACAGAGAGGAUAUUAAGGCACAUUAUUCAAUGAAAUUGGAGUCGCACUUCUUUGAUGGACACACACUACACGGAGGAAAUGAUCCACUUUGAAGCACUUCUCAUCAAAACAAGAUUCCACAGAGAGGAUGGCACACACAGAUGAGGACUUAAUCGGGAUCCCUUUCCCAAACCAUAGCAACGACAUCCUGUGCAGUCUAAAUGAGCAACGACGGGACGGGUUGUUUUGUGAUGUCAUCCUAGUCGUCAGAGACCAAGAGUACAGUACCCAUCGCUCUGUCCUGGCUGCAUGCAGUCAGUACUUCAAAAAACUCUUCACCGUGGCAAACGGUAACAGCAGAGACUCGAACCAACACACCAUCUAUGAGCUGGACUUUGUGGCGCCCGAAUCACUGACGGCCAUUUUGGAGUUUGCAUAUACGUCGACGCUGACGGUAACAGGGUCAAACGUUAAAGAGAUUCUGAGCGCAGCGAGGCUGCUAGAAAUUCCUUGCAUCAUAAAUGUUUGUCUAGAAAUUAUGGACACGGGAGGAGGUGGCGAAGGAGGGCAUGUGGCGGAAGCUGAGAAGUUUGAGGGGGAUGAAGAGGAAGACGAGGAGGAGUAUGUAGAGGAAGAAAUGGAGGAGGAGGCAGAACAUUACUCAAAAGAUGGAGAAUUUGACGACCAUGUUGGCGACAGCAUCAGCGAAAAAUCUGCGCAAGGGGAGACGUCCGAAAACCAGGACAGCCAAAAAGAUUGGGAAAAGAGGGGAGCGGACAGCCCACCAUGCAGUUCUCAACACGAGGUACACCCUGAACGGGACGGCAAAGAUGCCCAAAGAUGCCAGUUGGUCACCGCGGAAGCCCAACGUGCUGACAAACCCAGAGGGCAAGAGGGAUUAGAGGGCCGAGCACUUAAGGACUUUUCGAUAGAGUCCCUACUUCAGGAAGGACUGUACCCGAAAAUGCCAGGUCUGGAAAGGGGUGCCGGUUUCUCUCCUCUCAUCCCUGGCUUCUACCCUUCCAUGUGGGCAUCAGAGUUCCCAGGGUACCCUCAGCUGUUGGAGCACCGACACCCUUCUCACACCUUCCCUACCGCCUCACUGGAAAAUGGCCCACUGGACCUCGCCGUCAAGAAAGAGGUUAUCAAAGAAGAGUUGAAGGACGAGCACUCAAACCCAGUCCUUCACAGAGAUUUCCUCAAAGACUUCAUGAGUCCAGGGUUGGGCGUGACCUCCGACGCUGCCCUCGGUCAGUUCAAGGAUGGUGCGGACCUGCGGUCUUACCUGAGCUUUCUUUCGGCCUCCCACCUGUUUCCUCCAUGGCAGCUGGAGGAGGAGAGGAAGAUGAAGCCCAAAGCAUCACAGCAGUGUCCGAUCUGUAACAAGGUGAUUCAAGGAGCGGGGAAGCUGCCACGACAUAUGCGAACGCACACAGGAGAGAAACCCUACAUGUGUACCAUCUGCGAGGUCCGCUUCACCAGGCAAGACAAGCUGAAGAUUCACAUGCGCAAGCACACCGGCGAGAGGCCGUACAUCUGCCUGCAGUGCAACUCAAAGUUUGUUCACAACUACGACCUGAAGAAUCACUUGCGCAUCCACACGGGCGUGCGGCCGUAUCAGUGCGAGCAUUGCUACAAGAGCUUCACGCGCUCCGACCACCUGCACCGGCACAUCAAACGGCAGAGCUGCCGCGUCUCACGCCCGCGGCGGGGGCGAAAACCCUCCGCCUGGCGGUCCAAUAGCUUCCUCUUCCCUUCUGACCCCAACCCCCUCCAAGGGGACCGGACCAUGCGGCUGCCUGCCGCCAGUGCACCCUUGCUGGCUCGGUUAGCUCCAGGCGGGCGGGCGCUGGAGGACGUAGAUUGCAGCAGCAACAACAGCCACGAGAGCCUGACGGACAGGAAGCUCAUCUUAGAGGAUGUGGACAGGAAACGAGGGGUGUUCGCUUUCGCAGUGGCAACGGAGGCCGUUCUGCCUCACCCGCCCUUCUAUUCCGCGACCUCUGACCCCUGGGCCGUGAGACUGGAACGAGCUCCGCCCGUUCCCGAGGCCGCAAAGUGACUUUUCCGUUGAAACCUAAAAGUCCGUGUCCACCUGAAAACAGCUGCUCGCUUCAGACGCAACAAAGACAAACGUUCUCAAGCAGGGUUCAGAAGAUAGAGAGGCUUUUGCAUUUUUAAUGUCAGCUUCCAAUGGGACGACAAGGAUUUUAAAUACUGUUUAAAAGAUUGGAUGUGUACGUGUUGAAUAGUUGUUUGAUGCUUCAGUGUUUGCUAACAAGGGUCAAUGAAACAGAACGUGAGAUAUGUUCAGUGCAAUCCGUAUGUGAAACAUUCAUGCAAACAUUUUGACAAUCAGGUAAUAAACAAAAGAAGACCUGCUAAGCUUUUAUGCAUUGUAUCUAAUGACUCUUUUUCUCUCUAAUCGAACAGUUUUGAGUGAAGGUGUUUCAGAAAUAGCGUAAAAACGUAAGAAAAUUACAAACUUUACACAUUGUAGAUUCACUAUGCAAAAUAUAAUACGUGCACAUGUUUUAAGAAUGAGCACAGAAAACAAUUUGAAGCGAAAUAAUUGUAUAAAUCUCAGGAUCGAACACAAUUUCUGAAUUAAACUCUUUUUUUAUGGCCAAAUGUAAAUAAUCAUCCAGGAUAAGAUGUCAAAUCAAUCUGCUGUAAAAAAUAAAAUAAACAUCAUGCAAGUUAUUUAAUUACAGUACAUAAUUACUUUCAUGAUUGAUAUGGUGUCACUGUUGGAUCAGCAUCUCAGAUGGACUAUAAUGCAUUUCUAUAAUGCAUUUCUAUAAUGCAUUUCUAUAAUGCACAUGGGAAAACAUCCAAAGAUGUGUUGCUGGAGUCACACUUGAAAUGCUCUUUUAUUUCUCACAUCUGUACUGACACUUUUAAGCGUCUUGGAGGUUCUUGUCAUGUACGGGAAAUAUAAACGGGGGGUAUAAACGUCCACCACUUUGAUAUUAAGACUUCUCCUUUUAUCUGAAUGGCUAUUAUAAUUCAGCAUCAUAUGUUCAUGCUAUUCAUGCAUAUUUAAAUCAGCUUUGGCUAUUUUACUAAGAUGUUUACUGUACUAAGACACUAGCACACUUGUGUUCUGCUGUAUGUUUUUAAAGAGAGACUGUGUGUGUCAAUGCAGUUUAUCUGAUGUCAAUCCCUCCCAAUGCAAAAUGGCAUUUGAGAAACUUACUGUAUUUUCGGUUUAAACAUGCACAGGUCACAUUUUUACACCCACAAACAAAAUAUCAGUCGGACAGAUUUCUAACAACAUGAGGGAAUGUACAAAUAUCGCAAGUAGUAAUUCAUAUCAAAGGCUGAAAAUAUAAGAUCAAUAUUUCUGUUUUGUUUUUUUUGGUGUGUAAAAUGCAAAGACAUGUUUCAAUGUGUACAAUAGAGGUGCUUAAAGAUUUGUAUUUAAACGAAGCCCUUCUGUGGCUACUGGGGGGAACUUGCACUAUUUGAUUGAUGAUGUUUUAAUAUUCGU